AAAAUUCUGUCGUCAAAAAAGGGAAGUGAAUAUGUGGUAUAAGUAUACGAUUUCUGACAUUAAUAUUUUCUGUUCAAUCUACCAUUUUCAGCUGCAUUUUAUGAUUUACAGUAUGGUUGAAACUUUUUGUUUAAACUUCUUUUUACUUUGUGACUGGAGGGUAACCUCCGUCGACAAAAUAUUGUGAACUGUUUUUGCGUUGAGUGUUCGCACCUAUAUAUGUCCCGUCGUUCGCGAUUUUUAUCCGGGAAUACGACGGGAAAGGAAAAUAUGCCGGGAGAGGAAUAUAUACAGGGGUGCUUGUACCGGCACGUUUCUUUUGCAUGUCGUCCGCUCGUAAUAUACUACAUUUUGUAUAAAGUCACAAAGUGUGUUACCUACGGUCACUUGUUUGAAUUGUGGGAAAUCAAACUGUCCUCAUGGGGAAAUAAGGCUUAUGUUUUUUCGUUAGCACUAGAGAACCACGGAAAUUAUGAAACAAAAAAGGAAAGUUAUGUUUACACUUACAGGCUCAAAACGUCAGACACUUCAAGAUUGACAAACUUUACUUUCACACGCUCAAAGCGUCUCUGAUAUGAAUUGGCGAUUUAGGUGGGGUCUGGGGGUUCAUUUUUCUUCAAUCAAGAUUAACAAUACCAAAACUAACAAUCGUUGGACGUUGGCGAAAAUUACCGACAAAAAAGAUUGACAAACUUUACUUUCACACGCUCAAAGCGUCUCUGAUAUGAAUUGGCGAUUUAGGUGGGGUCUGGGGGUUCAUUUUUCUUCAAUCAAGAUUAACAAUACCAAAACUAACAAUCGUUGGACGUUGGCGAAAAUUACCGACAAAAAAGAUUGACAAACUUUACUUUCACACGCUCAAAGCGUCUCUGAUAUGAAUGGGCGGUUUAGGUGGGGUCUGGGGGUUCAUUUUUCUUCAAUCAAGAUUAACAAUACCAAAACCAACAAACUGGCGGUAAAACCCGACAAAGGUCAGCGAUACGGGCGUGACUUGUCUGACAACCUGUCAAUCACAGGGGUCCGGACUUGCACGUAACGCAUUGAUAUAAAUUAACCCCAAGUGACCAGUGAAGUCAAUCGCUAGUUGUGUGUCAUUCACGCGGCAUGGCUUCAGUGCAGGAUGAAGUUAUGUCCGGGCAGCCUACAUCCCGUCGUGGUAACCGACCAAAGGAGGCUGUAUUUUGGUUCCCCAUCGACAAAUCUACUGGGCAUGGUCCCACAAAACUUGUGAAGAAUGAAGGGGCGCUGUCCACCAAAAUGUGGGUUACAGUACGCUGGGGCAAUGAGGGGGACGUGCUGGCUUUGAUCCUGUAUCUCGGAGCCGAGAUAGGAGAGUGUAAGCGGGCAGAAAAUGCCGUGGACACCAGCAAUCUUCCACAAAUGAGCGACUACAACACAGGAGACACCAGCUGGGAAGGCGACAUCCGCAUGAACGGAGGAAAGAAGAAAAGGAAAGACCAGACUGCUGGCAGUUCUCAGAGCACAGAAAAUGUCCAACCACCAAACAAAAAACAAAAAACCGCCAAGAAGUCGAAGCAAGGGUCGCAAAAGACUAGGACACGAAUGCCGAAUGAGUAUCUCCUUUACGUGCCAGCCCUUCAGCAGACGAAGGUAAUCAACGAGGGGUGGGUAGACACCAAAGGCGCUGCUGUCGGCGACACUGUACGCUUUACAUAUGUGGAAAAGACGUACAGCGGAGAAGUUAUUGCUGUGUCUGACGACAUGGGGGACAUCAGGCGUGCCAGGACAAACUUCCUGCUGACCAACGAGUCUGUAGACGACCAAGAAAAUCAGGUUAGUUUGUAGCCUCUUUUACGGGAGCAAUAGAAAUUUCAUUUGCAAGUUCGUACAAGAAGGCUAACUGCAAGUACAUGGUAGAAACGCAGGGGUCACACAUGGACAGCGACAUAUUGUAAAGAUGAACUAUAAAAAAUAGUGUUGGCUUUAUCUACACGGGAUGGGUUUGACUUUGUUUUGACACACAUCCACACCUUUCAUUCCUAAUCAAGUACUAGUAUGUGUGAUAAGAUCAUCUUCAUUCGACCUGUAGCUAACAAUGCCAAAAAAUGGCUUACCCUAUCAAAGGUUCUCGCAUUAAACGUUGGAAAUGGAAACAUACGCCUUACCGCCUCUUACGUCUUGUUUAAUCACUAUUCAGGAAAUGCUGGUUGGACGGUCGCCAGAAGGAA